AUGAAACUCUUGAUAUCAGCUGAUGUGCUUGUACAUUAUGAUUCACGAAAACCGACUGCACUGUGCUGUUACGCUUCUCCUUACGGCACUUGGACUGUUUUGCUACACAAACCAUCCGAUGGUUCGCAGCGACCUGUUGCUUAUGCGUCACGAACCUUAACUGCGGCCGAAAAGAAGUACUCUCGGCUCGAUCGCAAUGCAGCUUCUGUUAUUUUCAGUAUCAACCAACUACAUCAGUAUUUGUACGGCCAGAAUUUUGUGAUUCACAUAGACCACAAUUCUCUUAUCUCGCUAAUGGGACGCAGAAAAGGAAUUCAACAAAUGGCCGCGCCCAUUAUUAACCCCUGGUCCCCUAUCCUAUCCGCUUACGCAAACCAAAUUCAUUAUAUCCAUAGCCAACGGAAUAUUACUGCCGAUGUUCUUAAUCGACUUCUGCUACAGGAUGUGUUUUUGGAAGAAUCUACUCCGCAAGAGCUUGUAAGUCUAAUUCCGUUGUUCAACAAGACACCGUCGCAUCCACAGAUACACGUCAGGAGACCGACAGGGACAUCUAAAGCAGUACGUUCAAGUUGGAUG